GCGAACCCUGGGAAGGGAGGGAGUUCCAGGGCGGUGACGUCACGAAGGAGCUGCAGGAGGCGCCUAGCAACCAAGGGGUGGAACUUGGCCCAGGGUGCCUCUCGUUGCCAUGGCGACAGAAACGGGACGCCUUCCGGCGCUCUGGAGCCGCCCAGCGGGGCCUUGAACCCGGCUUCAUGUCUUGUCCCGUAGUCCGAGUCGUUGUGUGGACCCUGGUCCUGUGGUUAUACAAGGGGGCCAGCUAUGGACUGGUUCCCCAUGAAUUAUUCAACAAUGAAACAUUUUCAGAAUCGGAUGACAAUGAAGACAGAAAAACUACUGGAGAAAGGGGACCCAUCUUUGUCCACAUUGGAACCAAGGAAAUCACUAUACCUUGCAAGCCUGCAAAGUCUGGUGUGGUGUUUGGUUUGAAUCCAACCUACAAUUGGACCAAGGAAAAUGGAGGAGUCCAUUAUCUUUCUGAUGAUGCUACCCUGACUAUACAUGCAUUUACUCCUGAGGACAGUGGACGCUACACCUGUACGAUAUCCUUCAUGAAAGAUGGUGAACUCCAAACCAAGGUUUUCUUUCACACAGUGGCAGGCUAUCACAUACGUGGAGAGCUUCAGGUCCUCUUGGUUUAUGAGACCAACUCCUGUGAUGACGAAUUGACUGGUAAAUUUAUGAAGACUCUACAUGAACGUCUGGAUAAAGUGGUGGCUGACUUCAAAGCUAAUAUCCUUAUCGGGGACAUCACUUGCUUCCCAACUUUGGAUAGACCCACAGAUAAAUUCAACCUCCAGGUAGAGACAAAAGUGUCUCCCUUCAAGGAGGGCUGGGACGAGUCCUGUGACCCAAAGGAGGAGGACCUGGCAAUAGAUUGUUACCAUGCCGCUAUCCAUACCAAUCUGCAGAAGGCCAAGGAUGCCCUCACUGAGUUCCUGAAUCACAACAAAUACUUCCCUGUGGGAGACUCACUUGCUAACGAUACUUCCUUUAACUACACCUUUAACAACACCUUCUUCAACUUCCUGGAGGGUGGAAAAUGCCAGAGCGGUUAUGGACAGACACAGGAGCUAGAGGCACACUGUCCCGACUGCUGUAUGUUGUGCCCUCCUGGGACAUACAGCGAGGCCACAGUUGACAACUGUGUUCUUUGUUCGAUUGGGAGCUUCAGUGUUCACUAUGGAUCAACCGCUUGUAUUCCAUGCAAGCACAACCUGCUUACUUCAGAGCCUGGUGCCAGCAGAGCCGAAGACUGCUUGAGUUUAAGAGUCACUCCAUCACAUCGGAUUUCCAUGCUGGUGGUAGCCUUUUCCUUACCACCACUUUUGUGCUUCUGCUUCAUUGUGCUUUUUUGCUAUUGCUUCCGUCGUUACUGGCAGAAAAAAAGUAUUUCCGCUGCAACCAAAGAGAUGGAACAGGAAGAAGACCUCCCAGCCUCGGGGGAAGAGGAGGCCCUUUUAGACACCCAAGAACAAGAACGUAGCAGUCCCAUGCUAUCUGCUGAACUAGAGUAUGUUGAUAAGGCAGCAGCCAUGUUUUCACCUUAUGGCGACAAACCAGCUGUGCCUCAGUCCCCUGAAGCAGCCCCAUAUUCACCUCCUGGCGGCAAAGCAGACAUAGUAUCCCCUUCUGGAAAUGAAGCAGGCACGGUAUCACCUGGCAUCCAGGCAGCUGUAGCAUCACCUCCUGUAUAUGAAGCAGCUGUAGUAUCACCACCUGCAAAUGAAGCAGCCCUAUAUGCACCUGCUCGUGAUGAGGCUGCUGUGGUUUCACCUUCUGCUAGAAGCAGUGCCCUUAUGACACCUAAAGUAGAAGAAUCUCCUAUGAUUGUGUCUCCUAGUCCAGAGCCUCUUGCUAUGAAAGAAGAAGUUGUAACUCCACCUCCUAGUGGGGACGAAGAGCCUCAACAGGUUAAAAUCUCAACCCCUCUUGAAAGAGAAGAAUCUGUUCAUAUGGGAAACAUUGAGUUCCCACCAUCUUCACCUGUCUCUAUAGAGAGUGCAUGAACCCCAGUAAAUUGUUGUCUACCAAGCAGGCCUGCUCCAGUGUUCUUAUAGUCUGCUCGUAUUCUAAUUAGCUGAGGCCAUCUCCAUUUCUGAGUUCAAAUGCUAAGCCCUGGAUGAUCCUCUUCUGCUACACAUUCUUUAUUGUAAAUAGAGUUUAAACAUCAUUUACCAGGAUAGGAUACAUUAGUCCCCCAUAGCAUCAUUUUGUUACACAAUACAAAUAAACUACAUAAAAGUGUAAA